AAUAUAGCGAUCCGCUGUUGCUCGACCUCUUCCGUCAUGAGCUCCCCCGAAGUCAUUUCUUGUAGUUUUAACUUUUAAUCAUCGGAAUGGAUUAGACAAAAGAUGACAGCUAAUUUUCACAUGGCAGGGCGGUGCAAAAGGAAUGUAUCUGACGGUAAAAGGACGAGAAGAACCACGCAUUUUGGGCCUGGAAAGCACAGGGGGAAAGCAGUGAGGGUGUGGAGGGAACAUGGAGGGGAUGGUUCAUGCUCUCAUCAGCCCUUCUGGUCAGCUGGUUUGGAUGCUGUUGUUUACAUCAUUGACCCUCAUUUGUGCAGCUGAUACAAAACAGACAAACUGGCCGUUAUAUUCCAAGAAGCCAGUCCUUUUAGUCUGGAAUGCUCCAACUCAGGAGUGUGGCACCCGACAUCGUGUCACUCUGUCCUUGAACCAGUUUGACAUUGUAGCGACUCCAAAUGAGGGUUUCGUUCGACAAAAUCUCACCAUGUUCUACAAGGAACGCCUCGGGUUGUACCCAUAUUACGAGCACGGAGGCACACCGGUUCAUGAGGGACUUCCACAGCUCGCCAGCCUUUCUCAGCACUAUGAAAAGAUGCCUGACAGUCUGCAGAGGUACAUACCCGAGCCUGGGGCAAAGGGCUUGUCUGUCAUCGAUUGGGAGGAGUGGCGCCCAUUGUGGAUCCGAAACUGGGAUGCCAAAGAUAUCUAUCGAAGGAAGUCGUGCGAUUUAGUUGCCAAGAAGAACCCCAAGUGGACGCCAGGACAAGUGGAGAAAGUUGCCCUGCAGGAGUUUGAGUUGUCGGCUCGAAAAUUUAUGGUGGAGACCCUGAAACUUGGAAAGAGUUUGAGGCCGAAGCAGUUGUGGGGCUUUUACCUGUUUCCAGAUUGCUACAACCAUAACUACAAGGAGGAUCUGAGGAACUACACGGGCGCCUGUCCUGCUGUGGAGAUGGAGCGCAACAAUCAGCUAAACUGGCUGUGGAUGGAAUGUACCGCAUUUUUUCCAUCAAUAUAUAUGGACUCAGUUUUAAAGUCUACAAACUAUGGACGUCUGUUUGUCCGAAAUCGAGUUAAAGAGGCGAUGCGACUGGCAUCUGUCGGGGACGGAUUAGCUCGCCCUGUUUUUGUUUAUACUCGACCUACCUACAACGGUCAGAUGAUCCUACUUACUGAGACGGAUCUGGUUUCCACCAUAGGCGAGAGCGUUGCACUCGGAGCUGCCGGUGUCAUCUUCUGGGGAGAUACUUCUUAUGCAAGCACCACCAGCUGCUCCAUCUUGAAUGAAUAUCUCGUGGGCCCACUGGGUCGGUAUCUCCUCAACGUGUCGACGGCAGCAGAGCAGUGCAGCAGCCGCCUGUGCAGCUCCCGCGGUCGAUGCUUUCGCCAAGUCCCCGACAGGGAUGUGUAUCUUCAUCUCAGCGCGUCCACACACAACAUAACCAGUCAGAGUGGCCAGUUGAGAGUCACAGGAGGGCCUGGAAAAGCAGAAGUGACUUUUUUCCGUACACAUUUCCAGUGCCAAUGUUAUAGUGGGUACAAAGGGAAAGGUUGUGAGCUUAGAGAAAAAGGGCAGAAUAGAGCCUCCUCUGUUAUGGGCAUGUGGCCUCUUUGCUUUUUACUCCCACUUGCACUUCUCUUUCUGCUUCACUGACAGAACUUUAAGGAAACUGUAAAGGUUCUGUUCGGACUAAAAGGAGGUUAAUUCAGGCUGAUAAUGUUUUUGUAUUAAAAAAAAACGAUUAAGAUGGUAAAGUUGGUUUACAUGGCUGACUGGACAUAUCAGCAAAAUAAUUCAAUGAAAACUGUGAUGAGAUUCUCCUAUUUUUGUGAAAAGUGUUCUUGGUAAUGGAUUUGUAUUUAGUUUUUUUCACAUUUUUUUUGACAUGUCAUUAUGUUUUUCAUUAAGUUUUUUAAAAAAUCAAACUUUUUAGGCCAUGCUGGAGUUGUCCUCCACCAUUGUUCAAUAUGAGGAAAUCCUGUGCAGCGUUAAAACCAAGAGAAAAUAAAGUGUGUUUUUACUGUAAAACUAAACUGUUAAAGCGUCACUAAAGAUCUGGAAAGACACAUUUGCUGAUCAGCUAUUUAUGUUGAUUUCUAACUUAAAAGCUAAUAACGAAUCUGUAAGCUGUGAUGAAGCCUUACAUAAACGUGUAGUUCCUAUCAUUAUGCAGUAUUCUUUAGGUUUUCAUCAGUGGUGUGGCUGGACCUGCCUGUUUCCUCUUAAACUUUUGUA